AUGAGCAAGAAAAAACUGGUUUCGCAACAGACUUCGUCGUCGCUUAUGAAGCAGCAGCAUGGGAAAAUGCAGCAAGAUUUGAGACCUGUAGAUGAGGCAUUGCUGCAAGCUGUGGAGCAAUCCGAUAUUGAAAUGAUGAAGAAAUGUUUAGCACAUGGGGCUAAUGUUAAUGUUUCCAAAGAUGACAAGGUAACAUCUCUUCACAUAGCUGCCGAACGAGGCGAUGUUGAAGUAAUAAAAGAAUUACUGAAGCGCCAAAAAUUAGAUGUAAACUGUCGCACUGCUUACGGCCUCACAGCGCUUUAUUUAGCCGCUCAAGUUGGACAUGAAUCCAUAUUGCUUCUGCUUUUACGACAUGGAGUUAAAAUAGACAAAGGCGACCAAAUGGGACGCACGCCACUGCAUGUUGCAGUUUUUCGGGGCCAUGAAAAUAUAGUACAGUUACUUCUACGGUAUGGCGCAGAUAUAAAUGCCAGAGAUGCUUUUGGUGACGUGCCUCUGUACUACGCCAUUGUGACGAGGCCAAACCCUAAAAUUUCGAGAUUACUUCUCAAAAGUGGAGCUGAUGCAAACGCAAGAGGUUCGGACAGUAUGGGAAUUUUACUCGAAGCUGUACUAAAUUCUAACCAACCGAAUCAAAUUAGAAUCGUUGAAAUGUUAGUAGAAGGAGGAGCUGAUAUCAAAGUGCGUGAUCCAAUUGGCCAAAGAUCUGUUCUUCAUAUAACAGCUAUGACGGGUGAUGUGAAAAUGGCAGAACGUUUAGUCGAACUGGGUGCUGAUGUAAAUGCUGUCAACGCUGCUGGAAAAACAGCUCAAGAUGUAUCGAGAACCCAUGAAAAUUAUGCAGUUUUUUCUUUACUUAAUACAUUAGCGAAUAGAUAA